CCGUUGACCUUGAGACAUGGUGACGAUGAGUGUGCGUGCUGUCGUGGUGUGUGCCAUCUUUGCGGCGGCAUGGUGGCAACCUCAGGUUUCGGCCGCCACGCUGGGUGUAGACGUGGCGGGUGCCGUGUCAAAAGACACUUGGGACUGCUUGGCCAAGGCCGGACGCUCCUUUGCUAUUGUUCGUGCCUGGCAUUCGUACGGAGAGUUUGAUAGCGACUCGGUCAACACCAUCAAGAGUGCCUGGAGUGCCGGCAUGCGCCAUGUGGACGUGUAUUUGUUCCCAUGCCCUUCCAAGAGCGCAGCUGCGCAGGUCAAUGGAACCUAUCAUAACCUCGACACCAACAAGGUCAAGUUUGGCAUGAUGUGGUUUGACAUCGAGAUCAACCCCAGCGAUGGGUGCCACUGGAGCUCUGACUUGAGCCGCAACUGCAAGUACAUGAGCGAGCUGAUUGCGGCGGCCGAGGCGGUCGGAAACCCCUGGGGUAUCUACUCGUCGCAUUACGAGUGGGAGAACGUGAUGGGCCUGGACUGCACUGUGGGCAAGAACUUUCAACUUUGGGACGCCCACUACGACGGCAAGCCCACCGGCGAUUUUGUGCCCUACGCCGGCUGGACCAAGGCCGCCAUGAAGCAAUACAGCGGCACCAGCAAGCUGUGCGAUCGUGAGAUUGACCUUGAUGCCUACUAGACACCCGGCCACAGUGAUGUGUGUGCUACAGCGGCCUUAUGAGAACACUGAGCAAAAUGUCCGGUGUUGACGCGUGCAGGGAUAAACGCUUGUUCGAGUUUGGCCUUGCAUUUGCGACAUCCUACUCAUCGCAGUCCUUGCCGCACACGACAAGAGUCAGUCAGACAGGAAGGCAAGUAGCCGACCCAAUCCAUUCGACCAUGUC